AACUCUAUGAUCUAGUCAACCAAUGUGCAUUUAUUAAACCCCUACUUUAUAGCAGCAAAUAGAGGGUGGGACUUGGACUCAGGAAGGCUUUAGUUCAAAUCAUACCUCAGAUACUUACUGGCUGUGACCUUAAAAAUCACUUUAACAGCUGGCUGCCUCAGUUUCCUCAUCUGUAAAGUAGAGCUAAUAAUAGCACAACCAGAGUUGUUCACUGAGUUAACAUAUAUAUAUAAGAUACUUCACAAAUCUUAAGGUAAAACAGAAACAUAAGCUAUUAAUUACUAUUCUUACUGUCUCAGGCACUGUACCAGGCAUUUUAAAAAAAGUGAUAGUGUCAGGAAAAUAACCUAAAUAGCACACACGAGUAAUACAAGGUCCUUUGGAGAGGGGAUGCAAUCAGGAGAGACUUCAUGUAGGAGGUGGUCCUUGAGCUGAGCUUUGAAGGAGACUUGGGAUUCUAAGAGAUGGAUGCGAGGAUGGACUACAUUCCAGAAGGGCAGCUAGUACCAAAGCAUGAGAUGGAAGUGUCAUGUGAAAGGAUCAGAAUGCAGGAGAGUUUGACUGGACAGUGAAGUGUGUGAAGGAAAAAUAAUACACUAGAAGACUGGAGCCCCAUUGUAAAGGUUUUAAAUACCAAACUAACCCUAGAGGUAAUAGGCAGUCAUUGGGGUUUAUUGAGCAAGGGAGUGACAUGCUAAGAAUAAUAUUUUAGGAAACAGUUUCCUUGAUCCUUGUAGUAGAGCUGGGUCCUGGCCAACUGGCUUUCCAUUUGAAGCCAAAUGGGACAGAGUGGCCCUUCUACUCCCUCAGUUAGCCCGACCUGCCUGUGGCCACUGGGAGCUCUGCUUUGCCCCGGGAUGGGAAGAAGAGCUAGCAAGUCCUCUGUGAAUGCCAGUGUGACGUCAGGAGCUGGAGGGAGAGCCCGAUCUCCUGCUUCCCUGGGGGGCUGCUGGCUCCUCUUGUGCCCAGGCAUUCCUCUCCCAAGUGUCAUCACUCUCCUCCUCUCAGGGAAGCUCGCUGCAGGUCCCAGGGCGUGUGGAAAUUCAGCUCCAGGGUGGCUGUUGGUCCAGCCAGCUCCCUCCCAUCAAAACUGGUGUGCUCCCCUUUGUUUAGUGUGCUCAUGAGUCUGUCUGCUUCUGGAGGAAGGCACUGAGAAUAGAGUCUCGGGCAGUAGGAGACAUACCCCAGGCUCUCCUCUCCAAGGAAGGCUCCUCGCCAUCCCUUCGCGGAGGAUCUCCAAGCAGCUCCCCCAACUGUGCCAGCGUGUCAGCGGUGAAGUGUCUGCCCACCAGUGGCCACCCACUCCCCAGAGAUGGCCGGGAAUUGCUCAUGGGAGAUCCAUGCCCAGAACAGGAAUAAGGUGUGCUCAGGGGUCAGCGAAUCCCCAGAACUCUAUGGUCGAGGCUUCUUGACGAUGGACCAGAUUGAGACUCUCCCACCCCCUGCUAUCAUGAGUUACAUUUUUCUGCUCAACUGCCUGUGUGGCCUGGUGGGGAACGGAGUGGUCCUCUGGUUUUUCAGCUUCUCCAUUAAGAGGAACCCCUUCUCCAUUUACUUCCUGCACAUGGCCGUGGCCGACGUUGGCUAUCUUUUCUGCAAGGCGGUGCUCUCCGUCCUGCAGGCCGGGGCCUUUCCAGGCUCCUUUCCCACCUACGUCCACUUUGUGUCAAGGAUCCUAAGCCUGGCCGCCUUCCUCACCAGCGUGAGCCUUCUGCCGGCUGUGAGCAUAGAGCGUUGCCUCUCUGUGCUCUUCCCCACCUGGUACUGCUAUCGGCGACCCAAGCACACCUCGGCCCUGGUGUGUGCCCUGCUCUGGGCUCUGGCCUUCCUGCUCACUACCGUCCACACCUACUUCUGCGUCUACAUCACCCCCAAGGCGGGGGACUGCACCCGCAUGGACAUCACCCUGGGCAUCCUGCUCUUCUUCAUCCUGGCGCCCCUGAUGGUCCUGGCUUGCCUGGUCCUCGUGGUGAAGGCGGAGUGCAGGGCGCCGCGCCGCCAUCAGUCCUCCAAGCUCAACAACGUCAUCCUGUCCAUCGUGGCCGUUUUCCUGGUCUCUUCCAUCUACCUGAGCAUUGACUGGUUCCUCUUUUGGGUCUUCCAGAUCCCGGCGCCCUUCCCCGAAUACAUCACAGACCUGUUCAUCUGUGUGAACUGCAGCGCCAAGCCUGUCGUCUACUUCCUGGCGGGGAGAGACGAGAAGCAGAGAUUCUGGGAGCCCCUCCGAGUGGUUUUCCAGAGAGCCCUCCGAGACGGGGCAGAGCUCAAGGAGGGCGGGGACACCCCCAACACCGUCGCCAUGGAGAUGCAGCCCGCUGGACCCACCUCCUGAGAAGUGGGGGGCCAGCCCCCCAGGCAGGAGAACUGUUCCUGGGCCUUGCAUGUGCUGCAUCUGUGCCCCCAGCACCAUUGUCGGACCCAUCCUCUCCUCCCUGGGGCUGGCAAGUCCUCUCUGGCAGGAGGCUCUGGGAUUGCAUUCAUUCAUUCAUUCACUCAUACAUUCAUUCAUUCAUUCAAAGAAUCUUCAUGCAACAUCUAUUAAGUACCAGACACUACUCCAAGCUGGGGAUACAAGGACAAAAAACAGCAUAGCCCCUGCCUUCAAGGACUUUGUAGUCCACUAUUGCAGGGGACUAGUGAAAGGCAGCUCUGCAGAAGUUCCAGGAGCUAUCUUGGGCUCUUCUUGUCUCAUCCAACUGGUGCCUGUCUCCUCAAGUGACUGAUUCAAGGUCUCACAUCCUCAGGUCUCACAUAAGCUCUCCCCUCCUUACAAGUGGAGCUCAGUCCUUUUCAACAUGGUGAAGUGUAUCUCUAGGCAGCCCUCACUCCUUGCCUUCUUCUGCCCGCCCCAAGCCUCGUGCCACAGCCUCCCCUUCACCACUCCUGGCUCUCAUCCUCAGCUGUCACCCACCACUCACUGGCUCGCCUUUGGUCUGCCCUCCUUGGUCCUUCCCCUCCAGAGUCCCCCUGUUGAAGGACUCUUAAAUGCCAGCUCGCUCGUUGGAUCUAAUUUGUUUCAGGCUCUCUGGGAGGCAGCAGCAGUAGCAGCCAGAGCCUUCUGGAGACAACGGCCCCACCUUUGCUGCUUAGGAUAGUGGAAAUGUCAGACCAGGCUGGGCAGGUGGGGGCUGAAAAGCCUUUCUCUAUCCUUCAGGUCACGACAUCCUCUGCUGGGUCCAGCAAGGCUGGUCUACAGCCUCCAAAUAGCCCUCAUCGAGUGGCUGGAGUGACAGACUGCCACUCAUUUAGAGAUGAAGGAAGCAAAUGGACAACCAGUUCAAUCUGUUGGUCUUUCUGAAUCCCACCUCCGUUCAUUUGCAUUUCAAAAGAGGGGAUCUGGGAGCUGGCCAUACCUUAACCCAAAGAAGGGAUUUUUCAGGAAACAAGUUAGUGGAGAGCAGAGGUUUUUGGGUAAAGGGGCCUUUCAGCCUCCACCACUCCCCCCUCCAAGGAGCCUCCUACUAAGGAUCCCAAGAGAUCAGGGUAUAAGGGGUGUUUGAGGUCAUUAAAGUCAACCUCCAUCCCAGAAUUGGAGACUUCAGUCAAAGAGGGGAAGUCACUGGCCCACAGUUACAGUUAUCCUGAGGCAAAUCCAGGAUUUGAACCCAGGUCUCUUGACUCCCUGUCGAGCCCCUUCCCUCAAACCAGGCUGCCCCUCUGCUUAUGCAGACCAACUUGGUUUAUUGUUUAUUUUUUUCAGAUCCAAAGUUGUGGGUUGGAUAAGCCUCAUUAAAGGAAUGUUUUCCUUGUUUGGGACUGGAACUCUGGGAGAGGCCACCGUCCCAGGCACUGAGAUGGGUGAGGGGGCAGAGCCUGCCACCCAGGAGCAAGCCAUAAAGAGUAGCGACCCCCUGGCUCCACACCUGCCCCACUCCAGUGCCCUCAACCAGCUAGUCCCAAGGCACUCCAGUUUCGAGCCAGUUUCCAUUCAGUUUCUACACUUCCCAACGGACCGAGCCAGCGGCCCAUUUCUUCCCAUUAGUCAUGGCUGGUGCCCAGCUAACGGCAGUUUGGAAAGGUCUCGAGGAAGUUCUGUUGCACACAGGCCCUUCUCCUGGAGGCCGGAGGCCAGCUCUCUCCCAACUUUUCCCAAAGCCCACUUACUUUUUUAAAAGCUUGAUUGAUUUUCUACAGUGUUGUUACUUCUAAGAACAGCCCAUCUGGCCCACAUUCCUUUUGUAAUAAAGUAUGGUUAAGCCGAACAAACGAAA